CCACACACUGUACCUGACUGCCGCGUUGUGCGGGACAGAGCACUGUCCACUUGAGAAGUAUAGUGAAUUUGAGAAUUUGAGCCACCAAGGCAUUUAUAAUCCAUAUCCUGCCUUUGUUCACUUAUAUAACUGGGUCAGUAUGGAAGAGGCAGAACUGGUAAAGGACCGACUCCAAGCAAUAACGGAUAAGAGAAAAGUCCAAGAAGACAUUGUUCAUAAAAAGCUGGAAAUAGACCAGGAGAGGUUAAAGCUUCAGCACUUAAAGAAAAAGUCUCUGAGGGAACAGUGGCUCAUGGAUGGAACGAGCAACCAAAGCCCACAGCAGAGAGAGACUUUGAGGGGAGAUCAACAACAAACUAAACUCCUCCAGACCAGCAUCCACAGGAUGGAGAAAGAGAUUGAGGCUCUGGAGAGGGAAGAGACAAUGAUUUCGAAAAAUGAGGGCUUCAUACUGAAGAGGCUGAAAGCUAUCGAGAAAACACCUGAGGAGAUAAUAAAGGACGCAAAGGAGAAUUUCCAAGAAGAGCCAAUCCAUAUCAACCCAGCUACUCCAGAUGCCCCAAAGUCCUGCAAACCUCCAAUCUCAAAGAAGCAGUCCUUUGAAUCUAAUAAGGACACACCCAAACAAACCAUGUUUGCCAUGGAGAUCAACGUCCAGAAGGAUCUCCGUACCGGGGAGACCCGGGUCCUGUCCACAUCCACUGUCACCCCCCAGGUGCUCCAGCAGAGAGGGGUCAAAGUCUAUGACGACGGCCGCAAGUCUGUCUAUGCCCUGCGGUCUGCCGAGUCUCAGCUGGGGGAUGGUUCUAACAGAGUGGACGAGCUCAGCGCUAUGGAGGUGGAGGUUCUGCUCAGAGCAGCUACAGAGCAGAAGAAGUCUCAAAGCGGCCCACUGGGCCACCAAGGCCAUCAGGAAUCAGUGUCUGCAUUCUCCACCAACUGUGGCCCACAGAGCCACCAGAAGCCAACAUUACCUGCAUUCUCCACCCCCCGUGGCUCUCGGGGCCACCAUGAGCUCAGCCCUAUGGAGGUGGCGGAGCAGCUCAGAAAGGGUAUAGUGCAGAAGAUGCCUCAAAGCGGUGCUUUCCCAAAAGACCACCGGGGCCACCAGGAAUCAGUGCCUGCAUUCUCCAACACCUGCAGCUGGAGGGCCUCAGUCCCCAACAGACCCCAACAGAGUAAUGCUAAAGUCAUCCACGAAACCAAUGGGAAUGGGUAUCAGCAAGAGUCGUAUAAGCGUGAUGUCCUCUCCAGGAAGGAGCUCCACUAUAUUGACGGAGUCCACAACUCAGGGCUGGAGAUUCUUUCCUCCUCCCCUCACAUUCCAGUCCAUUAUUUCAUUGGCAGGCAGGAUGAAGAGUACUACCAGCCAAACAACGGGUAUAACCAGAAUCCUUUCUCUUAUGGUGUGGAGAAAGGGUUCCCCACCGACGACUUCUACCAUAGCCCUAGAGAGAACCCGCGAGGAGGGAUGUUUUACGACUCAUCAGUUGAAAUGGACCUGAGGCCGUCUCCGAUCUACCAGGAAGACACGCACUUCAGUAUCCUGAACACCAUGGACACGUCCGAGCCUGUCACCGCCAUCUUUAUGGGCUACCAGACCGCAGAGGAUGGCAGUGGACGUGGCCUUGGAUAUGAAGGAUCCAUCCGGGCCGAGCUUGUCGUCAUUGGCGACGAGGAUGGGGUGGACGAGAGUAACCCUCAGUUUAACACCUACACCGCGGAUGGCUAUAACAACCGGGGCUACCAUCACUGUCAACCUCAACAGAACUUAAUCAAAUACAUGGCAGAGCCCACAGCUAAUUUUAACUCAAACAAUGCAUCACCGUACACAGCAUCAAGGAAUGUGGUCUAUCCUGGUCAACAGGCCAAAGAGUCACACUACCUGUAUUCAGACGGACAGUCCGACGAGGACGGGACAGAGAAGCACUCUGCCCCAGCUUCAAGUACAAGUAUGGAGAAACCUGAACAGUUUGUGUAAAAAUACACCAUGCAAGACUCAGCAAACCUGCACGUUCCAUGACAAGAGAAGAAGAAAACCAACUUUGCACAAAACAUUCAACUAACAGUAAAAUGCUUCUGAGAUGCUAAAACCAGAGCCUUGUAUUUGGAUAAUCCUCAAUAUAUUCUCAAUGUAAGGAUGUGGCUAAUACUGUAAAACAUAUGUUUGCUCAUAACGUUUCCUUACACAGCUGAAUAUAUACUAAUGAUGUCAUUUAGAGAGAAAGAAACCAGCCGAAAAGUAGACUUUUGAAUUGAAUCUCUGAUCUUAAAUGUUAAAUGUUCCUGAAGAUACAAGUGCCUCUGAUGUUUACUGUACUCUCUAGCCUUUUAUGCUGCUGUCGGCUACUAGUCAGCACUUUUGAUAUAAUAAUAAAACCUUUAUGGGAGUGCCUCAAUGUAAUAUGCUGUUGAAACUGUAACCUGGGAGCAUAUUUGUAAAAGCUAAUCAUGCUAACAAAACAAUUAAAAAGCAAAUUGUCAGACAAC